AUGUCAGGGAACACAAGAAGGUCAUCGUGGAGCGAAAGUUCUACCAACCAUAUCAAAGCAGAUGUGAUCAUACUAGGCUGCAGUCUUCCAGGAUUUGUAACAGCACAUAAACUGAAAAAGAAAUUCGGUGAUACAAUGGAUAUCGUGGUACUUGACCUAACUGGUAAAGAAGUAGGUGGCUCCAAGUGCAACGUAGCCUUUGUGGAUGAAGAUGAGGAAGAAGAUAAAGAGAAUGCGUAUAAGAACACUGCUCAGAAAGUUUUAGACACUGUUGGAAGGCGCUAUAUAACUGUUUAUGCCAAAGAAUUUAAAAUUCCUCUUCCUAAAGCGAUAAUGACUCCAGAUAAAGUUAAAUCACCCUUGAACAAACUAUUCGAAUACAGUACUGGUGGUAUCGUUGAUUGUACACAGGAUUUCCAUGAUUUUGACUAUCUCAACAUUUUCGAAAGCUUUGAAUUGAAUCGAUAUCAAACGCUAUUGGAUCAAAGUAUGAGAAAUCUUUUUCAAUCAUAUAGUAUCGACAACGUGUCUGAACGAAAGCAGCUGAUAUAUUUCGAUCAAACAACGAUGGAGAAGCAUAUAUGCAACGAGUUAAUAUUCUCAAAUUCUAAAGAUAUUAUGAGGAAUAUGGUGCGUUUAGUAUGUGGUGCUCCUGCCAAUGUAGUAUCUGUCCUUUUCUACUUACAUCAAUGUUAUAGAACAAGCAGUACAAGAAAUCAUUUGGACGGCGAUAAUAUUAAGAUGCGGGAAAAACUCCUGGGGCAUUGCAGAAAACGUAUCGCUAACAAACUACAGAAGAGCUUGGCUAAUAUUACAAUGCCAGCUAAAUCAAUAAGUAAAAUAAGCACAUACUCAAAUGAACAAGUUAUAUUGAAAACUUUGAAAGGAGAUCAAAAUUACGUUUGCAAUCUGUUGGCAAUGGCGAUCAAGCCCGAUGAACUUCGUAAUAUCGAGGUUGAAGCUCGACUGCUUUAUAAUAACGAAAUUGCCAUAACUUCAGAAAUGAAAAAGGGCAAAAGCAAAAAGUUUCUAAUACAAUACGAAGAAAGUUUUUGGAAGCGGUUUGGUUACAGCGGCGAUAUUUUGAGUGUGCGAGGACCUAUACUUUGGGCGACAGAGCGUCCAGACCUAUCUUUGACUGGUAGCCUCGAAAAGUAUGCAGCAUUGAUAGGUUUUUUGAGAGUCAAAGAGAACGACGAUGAUGAUUCAAAAGAGGCUGUUAUAAAGCAGUUGGUAAGACUAUUUGGUGAAGAUGCCGCAACACCAGUCAGCUACAGAGAAACCGAAAUAGCCGAUGUGUACAUACCCAGAUGUGGAGAUUACAUUGGUUUACGGCUUUUAACCGGUAAAACUAAACCCAGUUUUCUCGAGUGGGGUGCUUUGGACGUGUUUGCUGACGGGGACUUGGCAGCUGCAUUGGAAGCUGGUCACACGACUUAUCUCCACCUGAUGAGAUGCUUACGUCCCCAAGCUCAAACGUAUGAGGACGUCAGUAUAGCGGACUGGCCCACGAUGUUGAAUGGCAAUCCAUUUAAAAUAUGGUUUGCACAAGUUACAUUAAAACGCAGUGUUAAUUUAAUGUUCUAUACUGCUGCAGCAUAUAUUGGUAUGCGAGUAAUACAAAAUUACAUGCGGAAAUAA